AUGGCGACGUACGGCGAUCCACCACCACCAGUGCCUCCCAUUCCUCCAGCAACGAAGCGCUCGAAGAAGAGUCCCCAGGAAACCUUGUCUGACUUCUGGGACAAAUUUCACUCAAAAUACCCGGGGAAGGUGACAUCCAUCUUCCCUCGCGCCCUCUACACAUCCCUCCUCCCUGCGUUCCAGGAGAAGGGAGCAUCUUCCACCCGCAAUGCGCAGGAGUCAUAUGACGCGGCCGCUCGCGAGUGCCGAGAGAAGGUCAAGCGAAUCAUCCGAGAGUGCGAAAGAACGAAUGAGAAGUUCACCGACCCCGACUUUGACAUUGAGCGUGAUCCUAAGAAGAACUGUCUUAACGGUCUUAUCCGUGACGGGGACCAGGGUACUGGCGGAAGUGGCGCCGCGGGAGAUGUGCCGUAUGUGAGCAGCUGGGAUGUGAAGAACAGCCUCGACACACUUAACGCCGCGCAGAUCUUGGGUCCUAGCUCUACGAUCCCCAUCGAUCCCACGGCGGUGAGCCGUUUUCUUGGGGGCGACAGUGACAUCUGGAAUCCCUUUGCCAAUGCAGCUGCCGGUAAGGGAGCCAAGUCGGGAUAUGGCAAAGUCUCGAAGCGUCACGGCGUCCGAGGAAGCGAGUACUACAACCCUGGUUCAAUCCACCGCGUUGACUGGAUCUUUGAUUCGCCGCAAUUCACGAUGAACGGCUACUCGUCUUCCGAUAUCAAGCAAGGUUCCAACGGUGACUGCUGGUGGCUCGCCGCGGUUGCCACCAUUGCGCACCGGAAAGACCUCAUGGAGAAAGUCUGCGUUGCUCGCGACGAAGAGUGUGGCGUCUACGGUUUUGUCUUUCAGCGCGAUGGCGAGUGGAUUUCGACAGUCAUUGACGACAAUCUCUACCUCAACGAGUCAGACUUUGACUACUAUGGAGACGUCUACGAUGCUAGUGGCAAGAAGGCCCGCCUACAUAGGAAGAGGCACCAGACGGGCUCUGAUGCUCUCUACUUUGCUCGCUGCGAUGAUCAGAAUGAGACGUGGUUGCCGCUUCUCGAGAAAGCAUACGCCAAGGUUCAUGGCGACUAUGAGGCCAUCUCGGGUGGCUGGCCCGGCGAGGGAGUUGAGGACAUGACAGGUGGCGUAACCUCAACAAUCGCAACUAACCGCGUGUUGAGAAAGGACAAGUUAUGGAAAGAGCUUGUAAACUCUGACGGAGAGUUUGUCUUCGCCCUUGCUGCCAUGGGUACUGGGUGGGACUGGCAGAAGAGCGGCCUGGCGUUGGGGCACGCAUACUCUAUCCUUCAGUCACGAGAGGAGGUUGACGAGGACGGUAAGAAGGUUCGCCUCGUUCAGAUCCGGAACCCUUGGGGCGAACGAUCCGAUGGUGGUGUCGGCGAAUGGAACGGGCCGUGGUCCGACGGCUCCAAAGAAUGGACUCCGUACUGGCUUAAGCGCAUGAAUCACACCUUUGGCGAUGAUGGCGUCUUCUGGAUGUCGUACCAGGAUAUGCUCUCGACCUUUAUGUACAUCCACCGCACGCGCCUGUUUGACGACAAGUGGACCGUCGUGCAACAGUGGACCUCCGCCAAUGUAUCUUGGGUGACAGGUUUCCUCCAGACCAAGUUCGUUGUGGAGGUCAAGAAGUCGGGCAUGGUCGUAUUUGUCCUGACGCAGCUCGACGACCGCUACUUCCACGGAUUUGAGGGACAGUACUGGUUCGAACUACACUUCGUCCUUCAGCAAGCUGCUUCUACAACCUUUGCGGCCAGCGAUGAGUCCAAGGAUGGAGAGAAGAAAAAGGCGGAUGCCCCUGAGCCAGAGCAGAUUUGCCGCGUCCGGCCUGUGCACAAAUGGGAGAAUCGCUCGGUGAGCUGCGAAGUCGACCUAGAGCCAGGCAUCUACGAGGUUCUGCCUAAGAUUACAGCCGUUCGCAACAGCGAAGGCGACGUUAGCACAAUCAAGCCAGUUGAGGAAGUAGUCAAGGAGUAUGCCGAACGCAACCCGCAGAAAUUGCGACAGGUAGGCUUGCAGUACGAUAUCGCCCACGCCAAGGGUGGUGUUCGGAACGAGGACGAGCUCGUAGAGAAGAAGAAGCUUGAAGCGAAGCAGAAGAAGGAGAGCAAGAAAGCAAAGAAGAGAAGAAAGCAGAAGAAAGCACUCGGUAUUGCGGCUAAGGCACUUGAGGAUUCCGCCAAGGUUGUGUCUGAUCUCGCGAACGAGGGCAAGAAGACGGAGGAAAAGAAGGACAGCGUCACUGGGAAGGAAGGGAAGAAGUCCGAAGACAAGGAUCAAAAGAAGGAGGGCGAUUCUAUUGCAAUCAAAAUCGCGGUCAAGGAGUCAGCUCAGCCCACGGAGGCAGAGAAGCCAGCAAACGUAAAUACGUCAAAGCCUGGCGAUGGCCCGUCCCCGGAGCCAAAGAAGGACGAUGAAAAGGAGCCUACGGAAAAAAAGACUCAAGAGAAGAAACCCGAAAGCGAUGAGAGCGAGAAGAAGUCUGAGGAGUCGAAGCCAGCAGAGGAGACUGCCAUUGCUGAAGCUAAGGCCGAAGACGUCGCUGAUGAGGCGCCUGUCGAGGAAGCGCCUGCUGAGGAGGAAGAGGCUUCUGAUUCAGACUCUGAUGCUGAAUCCACUGUCUUGGAUGACGAAGAGGAGCUGACUGGAUCUCCAUGGAACGCUGUCUGUGUCUUGGGCCUGCGUGUCUAUGCUCGAGACCCCGAGGUUUCCAUCAAGCUCGUCAAGCCAAGCGAUGACGAGGAGGCCUCAAGCUUGAUCGUUGAUGGCGAGGCUGCAGGUGCCACUGCUUGA